GAGGUGGCCGCCAUCCAACUCGCCUGCUCCAUUCCGCUUGUGUCCGACCCUCGCAAAACAACAUGACAGAGCUCCUCGCCUAAAUAUAACCUCGCCUUCGACGCCACGCCGUGAACGAAUCUUUCCAGCCGAGACGCCCGGAGACCACCACCGCAAACGGGAGGUGGAGGGGGAGCUGAGUUAACAAUGACCAACGAGGAGCCUUUGCCCAAAAAGGUUCGCCUCAGUGAAUCUGAUAUGAAAACCUUGACCCGAGAGGAGCUGUGCACACGGUGGAAACAGCACGAGUCGUAUGUGCAGGUCCUGGAGGCCAAAUAUGCUGAGCUUUGUUCCAAUGAUGUACCAGGCCUGAAGGAAUCCGAGGAGAAACUCAAGCAGCAGCAGCAGGACUCUGCCCGCAGGGAGAACAUCUUGGUCAUGCGGCUUGCCACCAAGGAGCAGGAGUGCACAACGCACAUCCAGUACCUGAAGCAAGCCCAGCAGCCCAGCGCGGCCCAACUGCGCUCAUCCAUGGUGGACCCGGCCAUCAACUUGUUUUUCCUCAAAAUGAAGACUGAACUGGAACAGACUAAAGACAAACUGGAGCAGGCCCAAAAUGAACUGAGUGCCUGGAAAUUUACACCUGAUAGCCAGACGGGCAAGAAGCUGAUGGCCAAGUGUCGGAUGCUGAUCCAGGAAAACCAGGAGCUGGGGAAGCAGCAGUCGCAGGGGCGCAUCGCCCAGCUGGAGGCCGAGCUGGCGCUGCAGAAGAAGUACAGCGAGGAACUGAAGAGCAGCCAAGAUGAGCUGAAUGACUUCAUCAUCCAGCUGGAUGAGGAGGUGGAAGGCAUGCAGAGCACCAUCCUUGUGCUUCAGCAGCAACUCAAGGACACCCGGCAGCAGCUCACCCAGCCUCCUCAGGGGGUCUCCGCGGGGCCCAGCAGGGCGUCAGCCGCCGCCGAGCCGGCCACUCAGCCCGAGUCGGCCGCCGCCCCCUCAGACCCCGCCGCCAAAGACUUCGGGAGGGUGUCCAACGGGCCCAGCAAGGGGGCCCCUUCCCAGAAAGGCGGCAGCCUGUACCGGGAGGUCAGCAGUACCGAUGAAGACUUUGCCAUGUCACCCAUGGCGUCCAGCCCCGGAGAAGCCGAGACCAAACUGUCCAACCACUCGGAGGAGGUGUCGGGGAGCCACGGCGGCCGGGCGGGGGCGCCCGUUGCUUUGAGCGCAGGGUACGAGAGCGUGGACUCUCCGACGGGCAGCGAGACCUCAUUGACUCAGCACUCGAAUGACACGGACUCCACCACUGACCCCCACGAGGACAAGGCUGCUGCCCAGGUCACCAAGGGCACCAGGACUUCACGGCAUGCUCAAAACGGCCUGGACUCCACCACAAGCGACGGCGCCGUUUUGUAAUGUACCCUUGGAGGGGGUCUCUUUUCUUUUUUCCUGUCCCCCCCACCCCUUCUUCUAUUUUUUUUUAAAAUACAGAACACGAUGACAAAUGCAUAGUGUGUAAUGCAGAAUUGCUGUCAGGCAUUUUGCUUUCCUAUCUUUCCCCUUUUGCUUCACAUUUGGGAACAUGGGAAAUGGUUAAUGUUAGACACAAUUGAGUGGAAUUUUCAUUUCAGACAAAAAAACCCUCAUCAACUUUAGUAUGUUCCAUUCUGCUGUUGAUUUGAGUUGGCCACUCACAUCCGCUGUUGUAAUUUGUCAAGUCCAAUAAUUAAGCGGCAUAAACAUCUCACUUAAGGUCUUGACCUGUGUUCAUAUUUUUUAUUUCAAUUUUAAACUUUCAUUUGAAAAAAAAGUUCAAAAGAUUCUGUGAGUAGUUUCUAAGAGAUGUUCAUAUUUGGACUCCAGUCCUUUUCAUGUACUGACCAAAUACCAAUAAAGAAUUUUAAUACAAAGUAAAA